GAAAACAAGCCGUAAUAACUCGGAGACAUUACCAACGGUUCCAGCUCAAUUCCAGAUAGUCGGGAUUUUGGGGAUGUACAAUGGACGCCCAUUGAAGUGAGCCUCAGGCGAUGGAAGACGAGACGCAAAUGUUUGGCCCCGGAUCCCCCAUACUGAAAAUCCGGUUAAAGCAGAUGGCUAUGCUGGCGAUCCCCCCAUCUGCGCGAGAGAGGACUUUAUCAUACCAAUGGUUCGGACAGCAAGAGCGAACGUUGCCAUUUUGGCAACACUGUUAUCCUUGACACUCGACGUAGCGUAUGGUCUAGUGGAUCUGAAAUUUGGUUCCAUUCUACCCUUGAGCUAUGCUGGCCUCGCGGAUCUUUCCGCCGACAUUCAGCUUGCGUUAGAUCUCGCGCUUUCUGACUACAAUACCCGAGUUUUUAACCCACUCAACGUGAACGUAUCCAUUGUCUAUGCCGACUCCCAAUUUACGCCGGCAGUUGCAAAGUCAUAUGCGAGGCAAUUUGCAUCCCAAGGGCUACUGGGUGUCAUUGGUGAGAUGGGCUCCGGAGUCACGCAGCCUAUCGCCCUGGAGUUGGCAGAUAGGGAGAUUCUGCAGUGUUCGGGGUCCGCAACUUCAGAAGACUUGUCAUUGAAACAAUAUCGUUACUUUUUCAGAACAAUCCCUCCUGACAGUGUCCAAGGUUUUGUACUUGGUCAGAUCGUCGAUACCUUUGGCUGGAAGAAACUCGGCCUGAUUUACCAGGAUACCGCUUACGGCAAAGGCAUUAUGACGAACCUACGGGCUCACGCAGCGGCAACUGAUAUAACUGUAUUGACUAAUCAACCGUAUGUCAACGCCGAUGACUACGAAGAUGCGGUAAAAGCCUUGAAAGCGUCCGAUGCGAGAAUCAUCGUCUGGACUGGGGUCUAUGCGGAACUUGUCGAUAUAGUCCCAAUUGCCAGGCGUCAUGGCUUAUUUGGACCAAACUACGUGUGGAUCGCAACAGAAAAUGCUAUAUCGGCCAUUGACGCCAUACGGAGCAGAAUUGCGACCGGAGCAAGCAGUGCUGAUGACCUUGCAAGUCUAAGUGGAUUGCUCAUUAGUACACCUGUCGAGGGUCAGGGAUCCCGAUUCGACAAUUUCUCUGCCUCAUACUCGUCAACUUACCACAAUUCCAUGGGCCAAUAUUCUGCGUUCUUUGUGGACUGUUUGUCAAUCAUGCUAGACGGGCUUACAAAGUACCAAAAUACCUCGAAUUCCACUUGGAACGACAUUGCUCAAGGCAAAUUUCCUCGCGACUUGACGGUUCUGCUGAAGCCAGUUGACGGGUUGACCGGUCUUACAGGACCAAUUCAUUUCAACACCAAUUUUGAUCGGAUUGGGAGCUACAAGGUCCUCAAUUUCCAUCAAGGAGAUUUGACGAAGAUAGGCGAGACAGUCGACGAAACAUACAACGUUCAGCGCAACAAUAACACAGUCAUUUUUGCGAGCGGUACCCCUGUAGUACCAGCAGAUCGGCCUGUGCUUGUCCCGGACUGGUUUGAAUACGGACAUGCAGUUUCCGUCAUUAUCAUGAUCCUAUAUGGUGCAAUGAUGGCCAUCAACUUCGCAUCACUCGUUAUCGUAUUCCUUUGGCGUCGGCGUAAAGAAGUCAAAGCUCUCAGCCCCGAGUUCAUGAUUAUUAUGGGUCUGGGUAUGCAGCUGAGUUACGGGGCUGUUUUCACCCUCAUCGGAGAGCAGACUACCGUCAAAUGCAUGGCAAGACCGUGGCUUUAUGGGAUUUCUUUUGCAAUUGUCAUGGGAUGCCUCAUUGGGAAGGCAUUCCGUAUUUGGAAAGUCUUUGCAAAUGAGCGACUUGCCGCCCCCAUUAGGUUCCUUCAAAUCCUCCGCCUGGCAGGAGCGUUUUCCAUUGGAGAAUCUAUUAUCCUGCUUGUGUGGAGUAUCUAUUCGCCGUUGUCCCCUUUGAUGGUAGCGAACAAGGAAAAAGGAACAUUCACGUACGUUUGCGUUUCCCCGGAGCAAUCUGACGUGUUCAACGGAGUGAUUUUUGGAUACAAUGGGCUUUUACUUUUGGCUGCAACUUAUUUAGCUGCAGUGACGCGGAAUGUACCAUCUAGAUACUCGGAAUCCAAGUUCAUUGCUUUAACGGUGUAUUCGCUACUAAUUUGGUGCACGCUUAUUAUCGUCGUGUCAUAUUCCGCGGGCGCUGCCACAACGCUGGUCUUCUUUAUUAUCACCUUCGGUGUUCUUUUCGUGACAACGACCACCUGGGCUCUUCUCAUUGGACGGGUCAUUCUCAGUCAACUCACUAACGAUCCUGCUGAUGAGAUUGCCAGCCUUCCCAGUACACCAAAGCUUAUGCGGCAAAAUGCAGUGGGAGCUGGGGAAGCAUUCAAGAGUGCUUCUCAACUGCCAAUGUCUGCAAACAGCAGCACAAAGAUUCCAUCCCCCUUAGCAUCUCAGAUGCUUCGUGGAGAUAUUUCCGAAUUUCCUGUGAAAAUCACGUCGUCGUGGAUCUCCCGAUGGGAGCGGUAUGAGCUGAUCUUUACUCUAGUACCGGUAGCUCGGUUAGCACUUCGGCCGGUAGCAUCCGACAAGGAAGGUGGGCGGAGCUAUUGCGUAGACAUCAGCAAAGUGCAGGCAACGAAGGCAAAUGUUAAGGGAGUUAAGAACUGCUUUGAGAUUGUCGCUCCUGGUAUUACGCUUCUCGUCCAAGCCACCUCUGAGGAACAAGUUCAAGACUGGCUGCGUAGAAUGAAACAAGCAGGUUGCCUGCGGGGAGAAGAUUCUACUGGACGGACCAGUUCAGCUCCUGGUCAAGGCGGCGGCUCGAUAAAUCGUGCGGACGUCGAAACCAAAGGAGGGAAGGAUAUUUCUAGUGCUGAUGUGCUAGGAAAGUAGCUUCCCAUGAUAAAUGACCCACCAUGCCGUAGUUAUUAGAACAAGUAGACUCAUGUACAGUCCUAUCAUACACGACGUACAGUCCUAUCAUACUCGUCG